GGAUCCGUUCUGCAUUCUUGUCAAGCCAUCAAGUCUCUUCACCCAUUUUAACCAUUGAAAUGCCUGGCAGUCAACUUCAAAUGCCUAAUGGAGCAAAUAUCUUGACCAGAAAAUAUACUUGAAUUCAUUCAGGGGCUUAUCCAAGACCCAGUGGUACAGCACACAGAACGUGGUGAAGGAAUCCUCGCAGGCAGCCCUUCCUCUGAACAGGCAGGCACCCAGUGCGUCAGUAACCUGAUUACCCCAGCUGUCAGUCUUAAUAAGGCCAGGCCUCAGAUCCCCACCACGGGACGGGACAAACUUGGUCCUCCGAUAGGGAGUCAGAGGACAGAUGAGGAAUGGGACGGCAGCUCUUCUCAGAACACAGACAGACAAAGACAAAGUGUGCAGAAUUCAACAGAAAGCUCUGUACAGACUGAGACUGCUGGAUCCUGCAGUGUUUUACAGCCCUCUCUGCACUGACCACUGGUAUAGGAGGAGAGACUGCUGCCUGAGGCCUGGGUACAGGGAGGCUAGGAUCCUAACACUGCCACACAGGCAGGCAGCUCCACAGUAAUGUCAGCCUCCCUCUUGGAUGCUGAUGCCAUCUAUGCCACGGUGGUCCACACUGCCAAGGCUGAGGCCAGGGAGUCGCCAGGGAAGGUGGCUGUGCCUCCAGUCAGGCUGAAGCCUCCGGGGGACCUGAAGUUGACCCGCAGACUCUCCAAGUCGGACUCAGACCUGUUGGUGUCUCCCCUGUGUGAGGAGGAUGGGGGUCUGAACGGCUGCAGUGAGUCUGUGGCUAACUGCAGUUCUGGGAACAAACAGAUGGAGAGAUCGCCCUCCUUCGCCUCCGAGUGGGAUGAGAUUGAGAAGAUAAUGAACCUGAUUGGAGCAGGCAUCGAGUCGUCCAAUGACCAGCAGCGCACCACAGAUGGGGCCUGCAGCAAAGCCCUGGACCAGCCUGUGGGAGAGUGGCUGGAGCAUGUGGGGCUGCCGCAGUACGAGAGCAAGCUGCUGCUUAAUGGCUUCGACGACCUGCGCUACAUGGGCAGUAACGUGAUGGAGGACUUGGACCUUAGCGAUAUGGGAAUCACUGACCCUGGACACAGAAAGAAGAUCCUCCACGCAGCACGCAGCUUGCCCAAGGUGAAGGCCCUGGGCUGUGAUGGCAGCACCUCUCUCUCCACCUGGUUGGAUGUGUUAGGCCUGCAGGAGUACCUGCCUAACUUCCUGUCUAGCGGCUACCGUACCUUGGACUGUGUGAAGAACCUAUGGGAGUUGGAGAUUGUCAACGUGUUGAAGAUCGGCCCUCUCGGCCACAGGAAGAGGAUCAUAGCGUCUCUGGCAGAGCGGCCCUAUGAGGAGGCCCCGACCAAAUCACAGAUCUCUCACCGUCUCUCACAGAUCAGGUUUCAGGACCUGUUGUCCCAGACAGGGACCUCUGCUCUGAGUCAGAUGGACCCGUCCACCAGUCGCUCCAUGGACAUGCUCCUGCCCCUGGGAGAGGCCGGCAGGAGGAGAAGAGCCACGGACCAGGACUGCAGUGUGUCCCUGCGCUCCUACAGCGAGAGACCACGCUCUCACGACAGACAGAGUGACAGACAUAGGGAACCACGUUUGGCCCUCCGGCCGCCUAGCCAGUCUGCCACGUAUGCUACAGUGUCCGCUUGGCAUCACCAGCCUGAGAAACUCAUCUUAGAGUCCUGUGGGUAUGAGGCCAGUUAUUUAGGAUCAAUGAUUAUCAGGGAUCUACGAGGGAUUGAGUCCACUCAAGAAGCCUGUGCCAAAAUUAGGAAGUCGAAGGACCAUUCAAGAAAGGGUCCUGUUGUCAUCCUUUCCAUCACCUAUAAAGGGGUCAAGUUCAUCGAUGCAGCCACUAAGACCAUAGUAGCCGAGCAUGAGAUCAGGAACAUCUCCUGUGCGGCCCAGGACCCUGAGGACCUCUGCUCCUUCGCCUACAUUACCAAGGACAAUAAAAGUGGCCACCACUUCUGCCAUGUCUUCAGCACUGUGGAAGUGACCCAGACCUAUGAGAUCAUCCUGACGCUGGGACAGGCCUUUGAGGUGGCCUAUCAGCUGGCUCUCCAGACCAAGGCCAGGCAGUAUGUCCCGGCCCCCCCACCAUCUCUGGGGUCAGAGGUCAUUGAGACCAAAUCCAGCCAGCCCACGUCACAGCAAUGGAGCAGCAUGAGGAGAUCAACAGGUGCCCCUCCGCUAGAAUGCCGCUGCUGUUACUGUCACACGUGUACUACCCACCGCCCCUCCUUCCUCCCGUUGCACUCUGUUAGCCCUGGAGUCCAGAUUGACCCUCUGGAGAUGGAUGCAGACAUGCAGUCCCUGGGCAGCACCACCUGGCUCUUCAACCAGAGAGACUCCAACAAGCGCCCUGUCAGCACCAACUCACGCCAGCGUUCAAGUUUCCGGACACCAAGCUGUGAGUUGAAGUGGAGCAGCCAAUGUGAGCGUCUGCAUGAGUGUAGACUAGAGCCAGAGACCAACAGGGAUACAUGCAGCGGGUCUAUGAGGGACUGUUUGGUAAGGUCUGCUGCCUUCUACAACCUCUCCUGAAUACCAAGUAACGAGAAAUGAAAUGAUAACCUUACACUAGCUGUCUGUCUCCACUGGGUAAGCAGGGCCUGUCUCUCACUCCUAUCUCGAGAAGGUCAGUCUGAAAGGUCAAAUAUCCUCCCUGGCCUCACACUGACUGUCUUUACCUCCACAUCUGACUUCAUGUAGGUACUGUAAUAUACAGAUCAUAGAUAAUUAAUGAUGGGCCAUUAAUGACAAUUUGUAUUGAUUCAGGUAUAUUUGAGAUGAUCAUGUUGUUACUGCAAGGAUCAAGAAGAGAGAACAAGAGUACAUUAAUCAAAUGUAGAACUACUGUACCAGCAUAAUAAUGCUAUGCCCAUGUAUUUGUGGGCAAAGUAUAGUUUGUCAAUAAUAAUGUGAUAAUGUUUAAAAUUGUAAAGCAAUAUAUACCUGAAAUUAAAUAGUACAAUGGAAAAUCUCAUUCUUAAGGUAUUUGAUUGUGUCUUAGGGCAUCUUACUUGCAUGGGAGUUUGAAGGAGCUGCCAGAGUUAAUUGCAUCUCUUUGUCACUAAGACAAGCCCAGGGACUGGCAGAGGAGAUGUAUGCAUGCAAAAGUCAUACUCCCUCACUAGCAAAGAUAUUUGGAACAGAAAAUGUGAUGGAAAUAAACUGAUGCAUUUUUAAAAUACACUAUUUUCAUAUGGCUAACUGACGUAGUAAGAGGAUGAAAUAUAUUAUUUAAUGGAGGGACAACUGAUUUAAAUUAGGUAGAAAAUGCAACUUACAAACACUUUACCCUUGUAAAAACUGGAAGCUUCUACACAUGUAGCUUCUACAGGCUGCAGUAUCUGUUAUUUAGUGUGAGAUCUUAGCAUGGUAUUGUAGGUUUAAAUCACUUACAAGUAAGUAAAGAGUAUAAAAAGGGAUGAACACCAGCAGAUGCUAUGAUCUUCAAAGACUGACAUACUACAAUAUGUACAGUAUGUAGUGAAUAAGUAGGCCAGAAAUGGGCAACUUUGAUGGGGCUGGGGGCCACAACAGAGGGACCAUGCCCAUAGGGAGCCCCUUCAGAUUUGUCCUGUUAAAAAUGAGUAUUUUCUUUUUCUGUAAUAAUACUAGCCACUUAGCAACUUCAUGAAGUUGGCUUUAGCUAGCCUAAUCUCCCAACCUCAUAACUAGCUACCAAGAAGCCAUUUCAGGCAA